AUGCCUCCGCCCAACUACGCUCAUCCGCCGCUGUCCGACACCGAUGCGUUUGACGACGCCGACUGGGCUGGCCGAGACUCUACCUCGGGUGACGAUGUGCCCGGAUCGUCAGCCCCCAUUCUCGGCGAUGACGACGGCGCCUUUGGCUCGAGCUCUGACUCGGACGACACUGAUCCGGCGGUAGACCCAACUGCCCGGUUCGGUCUCGAUCCGUCGAUGGACGCACCGCCGUCGUACUCGUUUGCCCCACCGCCGGCGUUUGGUGACAAUGUGGAUCCUUUUGCGCCCAACGCGCCGCCACCGCAAGCGCAUCGCUCGGGCAAGGCCUUGUGGGCCAUUCUCCGUAUGCGCGUUCUCGGCCUCCGCCUCUUCCUUGCUGCCCGCCCGCGAGUGCCCGACGAGCCGCCGCCGGUCUACAUGCGCCCGCCCGUUGCCUUUCCCGACGCGGGCCGUCCGCUGCUUCCGUCCGAAAUGCCGCCGCCGCCGCUGGCUGACGCCCACGUGGCCCCGCCGCCACCACCCGAGACCGACGCUAUGCUCGCCGCUCUUCCGCCGCCGGGUCACGACUACCCGCCGCUGCUCCUCGCCGGUCCGAUCGACGAGAACACUGACGCUCUGCACGCCUUUCGCCAGACCUGCGCCACGCAGCCACAGUCACAGACCCACGCACGCAUCGUCACCUCAGGCGGCCCCGGUUCGCCAGGCCAGAUGGGCAUGGACGGUCAGGGCUUUUCAUGCCAGGGCAUGGCCGGCGCCCCUGGCCAGCCCGGUGGGCAUGCCCUGCCCAUCGAAGUCCAUCUCUCCGGAUCGCCGCAUGAUGGUGUCAUCAACCUCAACAUCGUCUCGGUUGGCCAGAACGUCCAGCUUCCGUUUGGCCACCCCGACGCGUCGAUGUACCUCGAGGCCAACGGUGGCGCAGGCGGCGCAGGCGGCCAAGGCGGCCGUGGCUCCGACGGCGCCUGUGGCCGCGGGCCCGGUGGGCCGGGUGGUGAUGGUGGCAACGCUGCGCCCAUCACUGUCGUCGCCGACGACAACAACGCCGAUCUUUUCCUUCUUCUUCGCUCACACCCGACUCCCAAGGGAGGCUUCGGUGGUUCCGGUGGCGUCGGCGGCCAGGGUGGCCGAGGCGGGCCUGGUGGUCGAGGUGGCCACUCCCACUCUUGGACCACCACCACUGGUCAUGGCGAGAACCGACGAACGGUUCGCCACUCGAAUCCCGGCGGGAAGAAGGGCCGCCGUGGCCCUGACGGCCUGCCUGGCAUGAUGGGCAACUCGGGCGGUCCUGGUCUCGACGCACCUGUCCAGAUUGUGCUCCAGCCAGGCAACCGCAUCUACGCCGCGCCGUUUGACCUCCGCAUGGACCAGCCGCUCCAUGUCGUCACCGAGGCCGGGUACGGCGUUCUCGAGCCCGGCGCUGUCUUCAGCCUCACCCACAGCGUCACGUCGUGCGGUGGCAUGCCGACACCUGUCGCCAUCGACGCAUGCGUCUCGGUUCGGACCGGCAACUCACCGUGGAUCACUGCGCUGGACAAUCCGGAGGCUGGAUCAGUGGCAACACUUCCUCGCGGCAUGGACGUCGGCACUUCUGCCCCUGUCACACUCCGUCUGAAGGUUGCGCCGAACUCCGCUGGGCCCAAGUACGGUGAAGCAUUCCGCGAGAUCACCGACUACGCCCCGCUCUGCUUCAUGGCUCGCUCUGGCAUGCACGUGCCCACACUCUCCCACCAGCGGCAGAAGCUUGUCGUCGAGUACCCGGUUGAAAUCACGCCAGUCCGCGGAGCGGCGGCAAUCUCGCGCGGCGAAGCCGGCGUUCUGGCUCUCCAGCUGUGCAGCAAAAGCAUCCGCUCUCUCGGCUUCUCCUCUGAGAGCAAGCGGCCAAUCCGGGUCGUACUCUCGCUCCGGACCGAUGUGACAGACGACGACGACGCGGUCACCAACCCGGACGAUAUCACCAUCACCCCCAUGGUAGACGGCGCCUCUGGCUUCCUUGCCGAGAACCCUGCGCUCGCUGGGCGGGUCACCGUGCCGCCGGCUGGCAUACCGGGCGUUGUAGUCUUUGACGUUACCCACAUCGAGCCCGGCGAGGCGCUCACUAUUGCGGCCUCGGUCGAGUUUACCGGUCCCGACGUCGCUACCUAUGCACGUGCACACCUGCAGGUCAUGCUGGAGCUUGGCGCCAUCGACGACUUUGCCACCACUGUCCCCAUCCAGUACCGCCAGUUCUCGGUCCAGCUCGCCGAGCGGUUUGCCUUUGACGAGAACGAGACCCGCGCCCUGAUGGUGAUCCAUGGUGCGACGCCGUCAGCCGUAGUCCGUGGCUGGCAGCGACUGGUGAACGCGACCUACGGCGGCAAUGCGCUCGCCGUCUGGAACGUCUCGCUCUACGAGUCAUUUGCCUUCUACCACCGCACCAACACGCUGACCCCGGCCCGCCAGCUCGGUGCGCUUUUCGCCGACCGGCCGGUCAUUGUCAUCAACACCCCGUUCGCCACCACCAAGGGCGAUGUACUCCACACUAUGAGCGACAUUAUCUCGUAUCAGGACCUAGUCAACGCCUUUAAGUUCUUUGCGGCCCGCCUGCUGGUCGUCGGCGGGACUGCCGGCGUAGCCCAGCCGGCCCAGCGCAUUGCCGUCCACCCGGCGUACGUCGAGUUUGACCGCCCACGCGUCAACUUCAAUUCGAUCAAUGACUACGUUGGCCUCCAGUCGAACACCGCCGAGCAAAGCGCGGUCGCGCAUGCGGUUCCGGCGCCCCACCCCGGCGAGCUGAGCGGCUGGCUUUAUGUCUCCAACAAGGCCGGCAAGCGCGGCAACAAGCGGUUUUGCGUCCUCCGCAUCGCCGAGUCACAGCUCCUUGCACUGUACAAGGGCUCGAGCGAGAAGGACAUGCCUGUUGCCGUCCUGGAUCUCUCGGGCACUCGCAUCGGCUGGUCCGUCACCUCGCGACAGGACGAUGACGGCGCGGCCCAGGCCGUGGUCACCUGCGAGCCACUUGACUCGGACUCGCUUGCCCAUGAAGCUCUCGACGUGACGCCGUUGUAUGUGUUCACCUCGGACCCACGUGCUGCGCCCAAGAAAGAGCGCGAUCGGGUGCUCGACGCAUCACUGCUUGCUGGCCAUCUGCUCGCCUUUCGACCAUCGCGCAACUUUCCGCCGACGGUCGGCGCCGAAUCUGACGACGACACCGAUGCCGGUGCCGACGCCGACGGCGGAAGCGCUUCCGGCAGCGUCGUUCUCAAGGGCAUGCUCACCAUGGAAGGCCACCGCAAGCACAAAAAAGCCAAGGAGUGGUACUUUGUUCUCCGCGGCAGGACGCUCGCUUUUUACAAGCCGUCGGCUGCUGCCAAGUCCACGCUGGGAAAGCCCAAGGGCGAGCUGGACUUGCGCGCCAUGAAGCAGCUCGACCGCGGCGCUGUGGCCACCGAGUUCCACCUUGUCGCCGGUGACGACUCGGUCUUUAUUUCUGGUAAUUCUCCCGACGACAUCAACGGCUGGUUCGCUGCGAUGGAGGUGUUCCUUCCUGCUGGUGCUCGCGGCUCAGGCCCGCGCGGUGUCUUGCCUGGCUCUGAUGGUGCACUCGACGUUGUCGACGCGUGCGACAAGAUUGCGGCGUCGGAUCCGUACGAUGCGUGCGGCUGGCUCGGCAUCCGCGAGUUCGGCUCCAAGUCCAAGCCGGUGCCGCGGUUUGUGACUGUUCGUGGCUUUACUGUUCUCUUCUACAAGUCGCAGCGUGACCAGUCACCGGACCUGGUCCUCUCGCUGGUCCACGCUGUUGUCGGCGAGUACAUCGCCGACGGGCCGGUCGGCGAGUCGUUCACCGUCAAGUCGCCCAAGGCGCCCAAGCAGCGGACGUACCAGCUGUGUGGCGUGCCAAACGACGCCGGAGACGCUGAGACUCUUGCAGUCUCAACUUGGGCCGCCAUGAUGACCGCCAUAGCCCGCACGCCCGCUGGUGUAGAGCCGCGGCGCAAGCCGGAAGAGACCGCGCACAUGGAGCUCAUCUCGUCAGCGGUAGCGGCCAUUGCAGUCAAGCCGACCGAAAAGGCGAUGGCGGCUGCAGUGGCGAAGAUCCACUCGGCGCUGGUCAUGGCCCACCCUGCUGAGAUGUUUCAGAUCCAUCGGACCGCCAACGCCGGUGAGCUCGAGGUGGUGCGGAUGAAUGUGUCGCGGGUCGACUCGCGUAUGGUUGUCUUUGCCGCCGAGCCGCCCGAACUUGGCCGGCCGCUGGAUGCGGGCUCCGGAAACGCCGCCUUUGCGCUCUUCAAGGCCUUUGCGCGGGUGAGCGACAAGUGGGCGGGCGUUGAGCUCCUCGCCGAGGCCAUCAUGUCGGAUCUCGGCGACGAGCAGGCCGCCUUUCUCAUUGCCCGCAAGUCGGGCCCACUCUCACGCUCGGAUCUCGAGUCCCGUCUGAUCAUGCUUGCCAUGGCCGCCAACGCCGAGCUCGGGACCGGCACCAGCGAGAAGAAGGAGGCGCUUGUCCUCGGUAUGAUGCUCCGGCUGGCGUGCACCUCGGCAAGGAUGGUUCGCAAGAAGGACAAGAUGCUCUCGCGGCGGUCUAAGAAGCUGCACGGCGCAACCAACGCAUGGCUCGCCAUGUGGGAGCGCCACAUACAGUUCUCGGCCGCCGAUGCCAGCCGCAAGGCCCGGACUCUUCGUGACUUGAAGUCUGAGAAGCAGGCUGAGUCCAAGCGACUGAAGUCUGUCAAGCGCAAGCCGGCCCUCGACUCGCUGCGCAUCACCGAGGAUCGCGCUGCAGCUCUCGGGGGUCGCCUUUGGUGGUCGUGCAUGUCCGUUCACGAAGACGCAACCGCCACCCUCGGUGGGCCCUUUGAUUUCAAGUGGGCCGUCUCCGAGGUGGUUCCCGUCAAAGAGAUCGGCAACUGCGUCGGCCGACGCCCUCCGGCCUCCAUCCUCCGCGAACUCGCCGCCGAAGCAUCCAUGGGCCGGUAG